GUGAAAAACUUUGCUGUGAUUUAUCUUGUGGACAUUACUGAAGUACCGGACUUCAACAAGAUGUACGAGUUGUACGAUCCCUGUACCGUCAUGUUUUUCUUCAGGAACAAACACAUAAUGAUUGAUUUAGGUACAGGGAAUAACAACAAGAUCAACUGGGCGAUGGAAGAUAAGCAAGAGAUGAUUGACAUUAUAGAAACUGUUUACAGAGGAGCCCGCAAAGGUCGAGGUUUGGUGGUGUCACCAAAGGAUUAUUCCACAAAAUACAGAUACUGA